AUGUUCGAGUGGAAAAAGGAGGCUAAGGAAGCCUUUAUUCAAUUGAAGAAUCACUUGCAUACUCUCCCUCGGCUUGUCAGUUGGCUCAAGGAUGAAAAGUUAUACAUGUACCUUGCAAUCUCUGAUCACUCUUUAAGUGUCGUCCUACUUGCUGAAAGGGAUGGCCAUCAGAUCCCUGUGUAUUUUAUUAGCCAUGUGUUGCACAAUUCCGAACUUAGGUAUCCACCCAUUGAGAAGUUCGGCUUGGCAUUAUUUAUGGCAUCAAAGAAGCUAAGGCCAUACUUUCUUGCCCAUUCAAUUAUGAUCUACACGGACCAACAGUUGAAAAAGUCGUUCACAAUACUUGAGGCCAGUGGCCGAAUGCUUAAAUGGGCCUUAGAAUUGAGAGGGUUUGAUAUUUCAUUCGAACCUAGAAAACCAAUCAAGGGUCAAGCCUUUGCAGAUUUUUUAGCUGAAAUGACACGGCCGGAUAAGCAGCCGGCAAGGGAUCAGAUAUGGAAAGUGUUUGUUGAUGGGAGUGCAACAGUGACCGGCUGUGGUGCUGGCAUUAUUAAUCUAUCUCCGGAGGGAGAUAAGUUUGAGUAUGCUUUGAGAUUUCAGUUCCAAGCCUCUAACAACGAGGCCCAGUACGAAGCCCUCCUAGCCAGCCUUAGAAUGUGUAAGGCGGCUGGGGCAACAAAAAUUGAUGCUUGUUUGGACUUUCAGCUGAUAGUCAGCCAAGUGAACGAUGACUACGAGGCUAAGGAGCCGACAAUGAUGAAGUACCUUCAGAUGGUAAAAGAAGAGGCCAAGAGCUUAGAUCAUUUCAAGCUGCAACAAGUCCCUCGGUCCGAGAACAAUCAAGCGGACGCCUUGUCCAAACUAGCCUCCUCGGCAUCAUAUGAUACUCCGAGAUCUGUAUUCUGGGAAGUUAAGGAGAAGCGAAGCAUUGAUUCCAAGUCCGUUCAAACCAUUAACCGAAGCUCCACAUGGAUGGAUGGAAUUAUUUCCUAUCUCAAAGAUGGAGUUCUUCCGGACGAUCCGAAGGAGGGUUGGGUGAUGAAGAAAAAGGCGGCGUGGUUUAAGCAUAAGGGGGAACACUUGUUCAAAAAAUCAUUUGUUAAACCCUAUCUGAAGUGUGUUACGCUCGAGCGGGGGCAUGAAGUUCUAGACGACUUCCAUCAUGGGCAUUGCAGAUCACAUAUAGGUGGACGAGCCUUAGAUGAAAAGGUGGCCCAUCUUGGGUAUUUAUGGUCGAUCAUGAAUUCGAACGCCAAGGAAAUGGUGAAAAAAUGUGACAAGUGCCAGAGAUUCGCAACCCUCAUACACCAUCUGGCGAAUAGCCUGUCGGCCAUAAGUAGUCAACUCCCUUUUGCCAAAUGGGGCAUGGACAUCUUAGGGUCGUGCACUCUUGCAUAA